AAUUAAUUGACCGUAACUGAUGCAGUUUUAGUUUGCAGAAAUGAUUUCGAAGUUGUAUUCCAUUUCUUUGCAGGUUGCCUGCACGUUGGUAGCGGUGUUACUUCACUAUUUCUUGUUGGUUUCAUUUGCAUGGAUGUUAGUUGAAGGCGUCCAUCUCUAUGUUAUGGUCGUCACUGUUUUUGAAAACAGCAAAGAACAACUUCGCAUCUACGGAUUAUGCGCAUACGGUUUGCCUGGAAUUGUUGUUCUUAUUGCUGCCAGUGUUGCCCAUGAUGGUUACGGUACAGACUCCCGCUGUUGGCUGUCAGUGACAAACGGAGUCAUUUACGCUUUCGUAGGACCUGCACUGGCAGUAAUCCUGGUGAGUGAAAAUGUUUGCAGGAGUUGUGCUGAUGGUGUCGUGGGCCACUUUUAUAACAACAACAACAACAACAACAACUCGAUCCCCAUUGCUACCGAAGCCAUCGAACGGCCAGAAACAUAUCACCGUAUAAAUGACAACUUUAACUCGAUCUGCAUACACUACAUUACAUCAUACAUACACUACAUUUACACCUAUAUAAUAGCAAAAUCAAACAGCAAAGUAAUACAUGGCAGCAAAAUCAGAUUUGAUUAUUCAGAAGGUGGCAUUUGUACUCUUUGCUCAGUUCAGAAGUCUCUUGAAAUGCCCCACCCACAUUCCAAUGAACCUGAUCACCUCUUAUUUCACAUCAUUAGGUCCGGAGUCAAGUCAGCAACCGUUCUCUUUCCUUUACUUGGCAUUACGUGGCUGUUCGGUAUUUUAGCACUGGACACUAAGACCAUCGUGUUUCAGUACUUCUUUGCCAUUCUCAACUCUUUACAGGGAUUCUUCAUUUUCAUAUUUCACUGCCUGCUUAAUUCAGAGGUACGAAAGGCAAUGCAGCGAAAGAAAGAAAUCUGGUCCAGCCGUCGAACUUUCUUCACGCCUUCUUCGACCAUUCCUUCGUCGGCUGCUGCUGCUACAACAUCUCAUGGGGCUACGCUAUCGGACGUGAACAUGAUAUCCCACUCUGAUGGCCCCACUAACAGCCAACGCGCCGUGGAUGGUGAUAAUAUUGAAUGCAGUCCCGUGUCCGAAAAGAACGCUCCUCACGAAUCGGACAAACAAGCAGACGUCAAUCCUAGUGGCACUUGCCCAACAGCCAGAGAGCACUUGCAGUUGGUUUCACGAGGUUUGCUGGAACCUGGUGAUCGUGUCUAG